AUGGAUGAUCUCUCGGGCCUCGAUUGGUCCAAACCGACGGGCUCCCAAGCCAAGCAACCGUCCAUGUCGAAUCCCGUCAACUCGUCCUACCCAAUGUUGCGACCAACCCCGCCUCCAGCUGGAUCAGGACGCAGUACGCCCGCGUCGGCUUCACAAGCGCCGGGGUCCUCCUCGUCAUUACCUAAAUCUGCUCCCCAGCCAGCCCAGGACAGCUUCAGCAACUUGAUGAACUUUGGCCCGGCGAAGACGAAACAGAACCUGUCUCUAGCCGAGAGACAAGCGCAACUCGAGGCCGAGAAGAAGAAGAAAGAGGAGGACAGGAAAAAACAGGCGGAAGCGCAGUUUGGUAGCGCACAACAUUGGGAUGCUUUGGGAUCGCGCAUAUUUACCCCCAGCCCCGGCAUCUCUUCCGCUGUGUCGAAUGGAGCUGCCGCUGCCGACGACGACGACGACGACGACCUGUUUGCCGCGUUCAACAAAGAUACCAAAGUGGACAACUCAAGCCAUUACCCGCCGUCGGUAUCACUCCGUUCGACGCCCGUCGAGGAGAAAAAACAGCCGGAUUUGAGCAAUCCAAGUGCCUGGGGGGUAUCGAGCAAGGCCGCCGGCAUCAGGGAUGACACGGACGCAGGCGGGUUCGAUGAUGACGAUGACCCGUUUGGGUUGAAAGAUUUAAAGCCGAGCGAACCAUCUGCCGCUCAUGGUCAAGCCCCGGUCGGGGAUGAUGACGAUUUCCUUGGUGAUCUGGGCAGACCUGUUGAAGAAGUCCGCAUGAAACAACAACAGCAGCAGCAGCAGCAGCAGCAGCAGCAGCGGUCUAAACCUGGUGAGCCCAUCGAGGAUGGUGAUGAUAGUUCAUCGGAAGAGGAACGUUUAGGGCCAAGGCAGCAACACCGGGAAGGCAGUGGACCCGCUGGUGUAAGCACGGCAUUCGAUCGAGCCGUCGCACAACUCGUGGACUACGGAUUCUCCCCUGAGGAUGCUCGACGUGGUUUGACCGAGAGCGGUGCGGGGCUUAGUGUGCACGCUGCGGCAAACUGGCUAUUGGAUGACGCCCAUAGAAAGGCCAAAGAAAAGCCUCAGGGUCAGAGACCUUCCACCGGUCCUGGUCCUGGUCGGAUGCCCGGCCAGCCCGAGCGCCAUGCAAGUGGUUCCUCCGGACGGGCUGGCGACUCCGACUUGACCAAGUCUGCCGCCGCCGUGGGCAGUAGUCUGUUCAAAACUGCGAACUCGUUGUGGAAAUCUGGACAGAAGAAGGUGCAGCAAGCUGUGGCCGACUUUCAACAAGAGGGCGGCGACGCAAGCCAACCAAAGUGGAUGCGUGACGCUCAAUCUGGGCGAGGGCACAAUGCAGGAUAUGUCAGCCAGGACGUCACCGACGAAGCCAUGGCCCUGGAAACUGGCGGUCGAACGAACAGUCGGCUGGCAGCUGACCGUCGGCCAGGCUUGCAGCAGUCGCGAACGUCAUCACCGUCUGCAACAUCGUCCGGAACCCAGAGUCGACACAGUCCCGUGCCCCGAUGGCAGCAGACUUCGUCACCUGCAGUGUCUGACGCCAAGUCAAGGCUGAAUAGGAUGAACAAUGACAAUGACGACAGCUUCUUCGUAAGUGCCAACAGAAGAAGGAGGAAACCCACGUCUACACCAACAGAACCGCCAAAACACUCGGAUGCUGAGCCGGAUCUGCUCUUCCAUACGGACGCGCCAAAGCCGGCACAGCCGUCCGCCCACCGCCCGGCGCAACGGCAGACACCGUCAAUCGUGAAGCAGCCGCAGGCGAAUUUCCCCCUGGCCUCGCGGAAAGCCGCUCCAAAAGCAGCUCGACAAGCCCCUCCUAUUGGAGCAGCAGCUCUCCAGUCGUCUACCAAGCAUCGACUGGAAGGAUCUGCCCACUUCAAGCGAGGAGACUACAGCAUGGCGCAUUCGUCAUACUCCAACUCCAUGUCUACCAUUCCAGAUGGGCAUCCAUUAUUGAUUAUCCUUUUGACCAACCGUGCAUUGACGGCAAUCAAGACCGGAGACACGAAACAGGCUGUCAGAGAUGCCGACGAGGCUUUAAAGCUCAUCGGUCCUGGAAACGGCCAGGGCGAAAGCAUAGCGGUCCAGGGGGAGGAUGGCAAGGAAGAGACGAGAAGUAUGAAAGACCUGUACGGCAAGGCACUUACUCGCAAGGCCGAGGCGUUGGAACAAAUGGAAAAAUGGGCCGACGCCUUCGCUGCGUGGGAGCAAUGUGUCGCAACAGGCGUGGGCGGAACGACGGCCACUCAAGGUCGCCAGAGGUGCAAGGACGUGGCCGCGCCGAAGCCCAAGGCCCUGGGGCCGAAACCAGCAGCCAAACGGAGACCCACGCCCUCGGCGACGGCAGACGUGUCCUCCGGAAAGAGCUCCGAGGCUGUAGCCAGGUUACGAGAGGCCAACGCGGCAGCGGCCAAGGAGGACGAUGAAAAGUUUGCGCUCGCAGACGGGGUUGACGCCAGGGUGGGGGCGUGGCGGGACGGCAAGAGAGACAACCUGCGAGCGCUCAUAGCCAGCUUGGACCAGGUGCUCUGGGAGAAUAGCGGAUGGAAGAAAGUAGGCCUGCACGAGUUGGUCGCGGCCAACAAGGUCAAGGUGUCGUACAUGAAGGCCAUUGCCAAGACUCACCCGGACAAGCUACCCCAGACCGUGGGCACAGAGGCCCGACUUAUUGCCGCCAUGGUGUUUGCUACCCUGAACGAAAGCUGGGACAAGUUUAAAGCGGACAAUGGGCUCUGA